AUGCUUCGUACCGUCAGCGCGCUCCGGCUCCUCGCGCUCCUGCUGCUGCUGAGCGUGAGUUCAGCUGUUGAAAAUAACGCCACAGAGUCCGUCAGUCCUCAGCUGGUCCUUGAAACUCAGGAGCCGCCGACCGAUGAAGACACAAACCAGGCGAGGAAUAGAGGGAGACGGCCUUCUGACGCUCUGCAUGAUGGGCCAGACCAGAGCCAGGUGGGCUGCAGGGAGUUGAGGUCCACGAAGUACAUCUCUGAUGGCCAGUGCACCAGUGUCAACCCUAUCAAGGAGCUGGUGUGUGCUGGGGAGUGUCUGCCAGCUCAGCUGCUGCCCAACUGGAUUGGUAGAACUCACACUGGGAGGUACUGGAGCCGCCGCGAUGCUCAGGAGUGGCGCUGUGUUAUCGAUCGAACCAGGACCCAGCGGAUCCAGCUGCAGUGCCACGACGGGAGCACGAGGACCUACAAGAUAACUGUGGUGACCUCCUGCAAAUGCAAGCGCUACACCAGACAGCAGAACGAUUCGCGACACAAGGACGCGUCUGGAAAUACUGGGAAACAGAGGAAGAAUCAGGGGAAGCCUGGACUGCUGGAGACGAAUGCUGGGAGGGAGUCUGCUAACUGA